GCCAUUUCGGAUAUUUAAAAUCAGUAAAAACAAUCAAUGGAACCCUAAAAAUCCCAACUUCACACAGCCAGACAGCAGCUCCGCUUGUCCACUCUCCAGUUCCUAGAGCUGUUGGGCUGUUUUACUGAUGGCAGAGGAGAUAGAAGCCGAAGCCAUUGAGACCAACCUGGAGAGAGCUGAUACAGCUACUGAGGAAAUGGAUAUGGUGGAGGAUGUGGCAGCAAAUGGUGCUAAGCGAGCUAGAGAGGGAGAAGAGGAGGAUAAUGAGGAUGUAGCAAAGAAGCAGAAGGUGGAUAAAUCUGUGGAGGAGGAGCGACUGGAGAAGCUUGAAGGAGAGGGGACAGGAGAGGGAGAGGAGAAGAAAGAGGAGGAGCAACCGGAGAAGCUUGAAGGAGAGGGGACAGGAGAGGGAGAGGAGAAGAAAGAGAAGGAGAAUUCAGGUCCGGUCAGCUUAGGUCCUAAGAGUUUUGCGUCAGCAGUGGAGAUGUUUGAUUAUUUCUACAAUUUGCUCCAUUACUGGCCUCCAAAUCUUAAUGUUAACAAGUAUGAACAAAUGGUGCUACUGGAGUUGCUUAAGAGAGGUCAUACAGAGCCUGACAAAAAGAUUGGUGGGGGGAUCCAAACUUUCCAAGUUCGGUUUCAUCCAAUGUUCAAGAGUCGGUGCUUCUUCCUAAUUAGGGAUGAUGAGUCUGUGGAUGAUUUCAGCUUUCGGAAGUGUGUGGAUCACAUACUUCCACUGCCUGAGGACAUGAAAAUAAAAUCUGACAACUUUCUAGGUGGAGGUAAAGGUCAUGGAGGGAAAGGUGGUCAUGGUGGAAGAGGUGGAAGAGGUCGUGGCCGUGGUUAUGGAAGGGGUGGUAGAUCAAGGAACUGAAUCAUAGAAGACAAAUGAGGAUUGCAUAUUUUUCUUCUGUAUUGUCUAGCUAAGUCUCUCUUAUAUCCAAGUUUUGACUCUUAAAUGCUUAAAUUUUGAAGGCUCUAUGCUUGGUUUUGGAGAUCAUCAGUUUUUUCUGUUUCAAUCUAUUUCUUGUCCAAGUUUUGAGCUGUUUCUUUUUGGUGCCCAGUAUAAAUUCACGAGUCCUAUAAUUUUCAGUGCCAAAUAUAAAUCCACGAAGCAUGUUUUUUGAGAGGCAGCUGAAAGGUGACCCGCCAUAUCUCACUUACAGGCUAAAGCAGCGUUCAUGGCAUUAUCCAUGGGGGAUGGAGGAGCUAGUGCCAGUCAGCGAAUACAUAAAAAAGCAGCACUAGCACAUUUGAAGAUGCUCACAUUUUCCACAACUUUCUUUCAGCCAGUCUCCCCCAGGUAAUCAACAUGACGAUUUGGUUUCAGAACUGCAAGCUAUUAGCAGCAAAACUAAGCGUGUUGAGAUGUGACACCUGCUUGUCAUCUUUAAUUCAGAUUUACCU